GCUGAGAGCGCUUUGCAAAGAGUCGCACACUGAUAUUAUAGUUUAGUUGUGUUAUUUAAAAUUUGUUAAAUAAAAUUCUUAACGUGCGGCAUAUGCAACAUAUUCUAAAGCAUAUUACUAACUAAGUGCGGCUAUUUAAAGUAUACAAAUACAAAUACAAAGAGAUACAGCUGAAAAACAAAAAAAAAAAAACAUACACACACACAUAUGAAUUAAAAAACAAACAUAUAAUAAGAACAACAAGUUCAACGGCUUUUCGGAUUCAAUUGCUGCAAUAUAAUAACUUAAUUUAUUUAUUUGGCACGUUCUGUGUGUGAACGACCUACAAACGUGUCAAUAAGAGACUCGCAACAACAACUAAGACAACAACAAAUAUUAUUAAUCGAGUAAGUAACAAUAAUAGCAACAACGAAUUUGUGAUCAUGAAUGACCGUGAAAUGAGCUGCAAUUCGGGUGGACAAUUUAUGGAUCGCGGACGAAUGAAUCAGAAUGGCGUUGUCCAGCCCCUGCUCACUGAUUUAUAUCAAAUUACAAUGGCCUAUGCCUACUGGAAGUCGGGCAAAACGGACGAUCAGGCUGUAUUCGAUUUGUUCUUUCGCAACAAUCCAUUCCAUGGUGAAUUCACCAUAUUUGCUGGACUCGAGGAGUGCCUCAAGUUCCUCGACAGUUUUCAUUACUCCCAAAGCGAUAUUGACUAUUUGAGGCAAACAUUGCCCGAAGGCAUCGAGAAUGAGUUCUUUGAAUAUUUGGGCAAUUUGACAGCGCAUGAUGUGACACUUUAUGCUAUCGACGAAGGCACAGUUGCGUUUCCACGCGUGCCCAUCAUCAAGAUCGAGGGACCUUUAAUUAUCGUACAGCUGCUGGAAACGACGCUGUUGACGCUCGUGAACUAUGCCAGUUUAAUGGCGACGAAUGCAGCGCGAUAUCGCAUGGUAGCUGGGAAACAUGUCAAACUCUUGGAGUUUGGACUGCGUCGAGCGCAGGGACCCGAUGGCGGUUUAUCCGCAUCAAAGUAUUCAUACACAGGUGGCUUUGAUGGCACCUCCAAUGUGUUGGCUGGCAAGCUGUUCAACAUCCCAGUGAAAGGCACGCAUGCUCAUGCGUACAUCACCAGUUUCAGCAGCGUGGGCGAGUUGAAGACGCGUCUGCUCAAGCACAAGCAAACGGGUGUAAUGGAGGAUCUGCUGGAGCAUGCGAUCAAGCAUCGCCAGAUGCUGUCGCAUGUGCUGGACGUGUCCACGGAGGAGUCAAGCGAGGGCGAGCUGGCUGCGAUGGUCUCCUAUGCGAUUGCAUUCCCGGAUGGAUUUAUGGCACUUGUCGACACGUACGAUGUUAAGAGCCGAGAUACAGAACAGAACACACAAGUCCCCAAUGAUACCAAAUCAAGAACUUCUAGUCAGCUAACGAAUGGCGUUGCUCCUCUGACGCCCCCAACCACGCCCAGCAACGGCACAAAUGGUCAUCACCAAGAGAAACAACAACAACAGCAACAACAACAGCAACAUUCGCCAACGUUAACCAAGCUCAAUAAUGGACACACAAAUGGUCUAAGCAAAAUUGUAGCGAAAACAGCUGAAAAAGAGCAACAACAACAAGCAACAAGUGUAAAAGAUCUCUCAACAACUGCAACAACUACAGUGAUAACCACAGUGAACAACACUUCAACGUACCUUCCAAAAUAUGUCGAGAAGUCAUUCAGGAGUGGCUUGCUUAACUUUAGUGCUGUGGCUUUGGCCCUCAACGAUCUGGGAUAUCAUGCUCUGGGCAUUCGCAUCGAUUCCGGAGAUUUGGCUUAUUUGUCUUGCCUCGCACGUGAAGCAUUCGAAAAGGUUGCGGAACGCUUUAAGGUGCCGUGGUUCAAUAAACUGACGAUCGUCGCUUCGAAUGACAUCAACGAGGACACCAUUCUUAGUCUGAACGAGCAGGGACACAAGAUCGAUUGCUUUGGCAUUGGCACGCACUUGGUCACUUGCCAACGUCAGCCUGCCUUGGGCUGUGUCUACAAGCUGGUGGAGAUCAAUGGCCAGGCGCGCAUUAAGCUCAGCCAAGAUGUGGAGAAGGUAACGAUGCCGGGAAAUAAGAAUGCAUAUCGAUUGUACAGCGCCGAUGGACACGCCUUGAUCGAUCUGCUGCAGAAGGAUUCAGAGCUGCCGCCAGCUGUGGGUCAGAAGGUGUUGUGUCGCCAUCCGUUCCAGGAGUCGAAGCGUGCCUAUGUGAUACCAUCGCAUGUGGAGUCGCUCUACAAAAUCUACUGGCAAUCGGGCAAGAUAUGCCAAAUGUUGCCAACGCUGGAGCAAGUGCGUGAGAAGGUUCAAAUCUCGUUGAAGACACUGCGAAAUGAUCACAAGCGAACGUUGAAUCCCACGCCAUAUAAAGUGGCUGUCAGCGAUAAUUUGUACAACUUUAUACACGAUCUGUGGCUGCAGAAUGCGCCCAUCGGGGAGCUCUCAUGAUCUAUAUAAGCAGCCAGUGUCGGGCGCUGCUUUCGAAAGUAAUUCCGCAAAAAAUUCUAGCCUCAAACCCCCCAGAAACAUAAUAAAUUGGUUUUUUGCAAAAUUUAGUCAUUUGCUGGUCAUAUGAAUUAAAGAAUUAAUUGGAAACCAGACAAUUUGUUAAUCUUCUUGUCAACAAAACAAAUAUUGUAUGUGUAUCGUAUAAUGUGCACAACUCAAAUUAAUCUACUUAAAAACAAUGAACGAAAAAAAUAGACAGCUUAUAUAUACUUACAUAGAAGAAUAUAAACCUAAUAUUCAAUAUUAUUAAACAUUAUUAACGAUUAUUAUGUACGCACAUCAUAUUCAGGAAUGUGUCAUGUGCCUUACACAACAACAAAACAAAACAAAAAGAAAAGAAAAGA